UCAUGUCGUUCUUCUUCAUCUCCUGUGUGUCGUCUAGGUUUUGUUUUUCCAACUUGGUUAUUAUAUCUGAGUUCCAAAAUCACAGAAAGCUUACAACUUUACGCAACACUAAGCUUUGUUAAUGCCACUAAUUCACUUAGAUUUUUCAUUUUGUAAAGAAUAGAAAGGAAAAAGAAGUUGAUUUUUGAGUUGGGGUUUCAAUUUCCUUUCUAGUUUAGUAGUUUGGGUGGGUUCUGUAACUGCAUGUUAAUGCUCUGUUUGUCUUUAUGGGAAAAGAAUUCCCAAAAACAGUUUUCAAUGAAACAAAAGGAUGCUUUUGGAGCAAGCUUAAGAAAACCCAGUUUUAUAAAUCCUUCAAAAAAAAAAUUUUUUGGAGGAAUUGAAAAGGAGAGCUAAAUUGGGAGAAAAUGGAUGAUUAUCCAUUUCAAAACAAACUAAAUAGAAUGUAGUUUUUUUUUUUUUUUUUUGUUCUUUUGUUAUUAAUCUUUUCUUUUUGGAACAUAUUGGGACUUGGAAGGAGCCAAGGUUUAGAUAUUCAACGUGAAUUCUAUGUCUAUUAGAUUAAGGGUAGUGUACAAUGAGGAAAGUGUGAAAUUUUAAUGGGGUUAGCCUUGUGGUAUUUAUUUAUUUUUUAAUUGUUAAUGUCAAUUUUCAGAAAAACUAAAUGGAAGUUAGGCUUUUCCUUUUCUUGUUAAUCUUUGCUUUGUUAUAUAUUGGAAGGAGCUUCAGCUUUAUACAAAGCAAAUUCUGUGUCUUUUCUUCUAUUUUUAUUUUAAUUUAUUAAGGGUAGUGUACAAUGGAAAAUGCAUAAACUUUAAUGGCUUAUCCAUUUGCUGUUUCUCUCUGUUUAACCAUAAAUUAAGAGUAAGGUAUAUGCUAGUCUAGCCCAUUCAAGCUGCAGAAUUAAAGUUGAAUCUGAAAGUCAACUUGAAAUUAGUUUAGAACUACUGCAUAAUACUGAAAGUUAUGUAGUUAUUGCUCUUGAGGAACUAUAUGGAGCUAAUUUUAAACAUUUGCAUUUUUUGGUUAUAUUUUGCAUAGCUCAAAUGGACUCUCCUGCACAUCCUGGGCCAACUGAUAAUUCUGUACUUUAUGAUCAAGAAAACCAUGUCUCUUCAGCAGUUUGGGAUGGGCAGGAGCGGGGAGUACUGAGAUGUCAUGAACACACUUCACUACUUGACCAAUGGAAGCUCACUCCCAAACAAAUUGAGUUGGUUGAGAAGGCGGGAUUUCGGUACUUACGAAUGAUUCCAGCGAUUAAUUUUGACAGCGCACUCAUUGCAGCACUAGUUGAGAGGUGGAGGAGGGAAACAAAUACCUUUCACUUGCCAGUCGGAGAAAUGGCAAUAACCCUUGAAGAUGUAGCACUCUUGCUAGGACUCGCCAUUGAUGGAGAGCCUGUUAUAGGUGUAACAAACAGCACACCCAGCUUGUUGUGUGAGAAAUUACUAGGAAGAGUACCAGAGGACCUAACUGGUGGAAUGGUGAAGCUUACCUGGUUGAAAGAGUUCUUUUCUCAAUGCCCUAAAGAUGCAUCAAUUGAAGAUAUUGUACGCCGAACCCGCGCCUACCUCCUAUACCUAGUAGGCAGUACAAUAUUUUCCACCACAACUGGGAAUAAAGUGCCUGUUAUGUACCUUUCGUUGUUCGAGGAUUUUGACAAGGCGGGAAAGUUUGCAUGGGGUGCAGCAGCAUUAGCAUUCCUGUAUAGAGCACUUGGAAAUGCUUCACUUAAAACUCAAAGCACCAUUAGCGGCUCUUUGACUCUAUUGCAGUGUUGGAGUUAUUUUCGCCUGAAUGUCGGUCGACCGAGGCUCAAUCAGGAGCUAAACCAAGGUUGCUUCCCAUUGGUGCUUUGGUGGAAAGGAAAACAAAGUGGUUCACGAAUGAGGUGUGGUAUAGUUUCCUAUCGCAAGGCCUUGGAUUCUCUUAAUCCUAGCGAUGUAGAGUGGCUUCCUUACAAAGAUAUUGACCACACAGAAAUACCAGAAGAUAUUAAAAAUACAUUAACCUUGCGGUCAUCAAAGACUAUGCUCAUAUGCUUUGAGAAGGCAGAGAGGCACCUCCCAGACCGUUGCCUUCGGCAAUUUGGCAUGCUUCAAGGAAUCCCAAAGGAUGUUCAGCGAUGGGAGAGAAAGAGCCGUGCAUAUGAUCAUGGGGUUGACAUCUUCGGGAAAAUGCAAUCUGAGCUUGAUGAGUGGUCAAUGCGUCGGCUUCAUAUUGUGGAAGGUGAUGAUGAUGUGGACGAAGGGGAGUACAUGCAGUGGUACCAGAAAACUACUCGUAAAUUUGUAGGGCGGCUUACAUCUGUUGAGACUGAAUUUAAGGGAAAGGUUGAAGCUUUGAAUGAAAUUGCAAACAUGCUAAAUAGGUUUUCAGAAGAUGGGAUGGAUUCACGGGAUAUGAAUUUGCUUGAUGAGGUCAAGGGUAUUGUACGUAAAUAUUUGAUCGACGAAGUCGAAGAUUCACAGAAGAGAAUUGGAACAAAGAGUACCAAGAAACGAAAACGAAAGGAUGUUGCAAUUUGUGAGGAUGGUCAAUGCUAGAUUUCUAGAUGCAGUGAUCAUGUGCAGGUAGCUCUAGUUAUUGAGAUGAAAGAACAAGAGUUUUGGUGAUGUUGUACUAUAAGAUCAUCAAUAAAAUGUCUUUGAUCGAUGUCA